AUGCUGUCAAUUCGGCCCUCCAACCCUCAAAGAUGCAUACCAAACCUGCUCCCUGCGCGGAUAAACCACAACGGACCUAUAAACGAUGCAGAACGAUACUGGAAGCCUGAGACAGAUGACAAAGGAAAGCGACACUCAUAUUUCCGUGGUCGACACCUCCAUGGCACUGCGCUUCCACUUCCCAACAACUACACCGGCGCCAUUCUACGCGUUACCGACCAGCAAUUACCUCAAAGUCAAACACAGCCACAACAACCGCCUGCAGACGAGGACGAUGAAGACGCCGAGACGGAAGAGAGCAUACCUGUCGAAGUCAACAUUGCGGAGCAAGUAGGAGAGUUUGACCAAGUCAUUGUAUGGGGACAUGGAGGUGAGGUCGAUGGAAGUGGGGAUGCAUUCAUUAGGGGGAUGAGUGAGUGGGUUGGGUUUGCAGAGAGCAUGCACAUUGAUGAAGAGGAAAAGGAUAAAGGCACAAAGCCGGGGGGCAAUACCGUUUGA